AUGGGAAUCACCACCUUGCUCAUCUGGAACCAGCCAAACACGCGCCGUCUCGAUGCCCAAUGGAGACUGAAUGACUUCCUGCAAUCGGUGCUGCUCCUCCCCUCCCUGCUGCUUGCGCCCCUCUGCUGCUCAUCCCCUUCUCGCCAUUUCCCCCUCCCUGUUGCUCUGCCUGUCCUCACCAUUUCCCCCCUCUCUGCUGCUCCUCCCCUCCCUGCCAAUUGUUCCCUCUCUGUGCUCCCCCCCUACUCACCAUUCCCCCCAUCUCUGUUGCUCAACCCCUACUCACCAUUCCCCCCAUCUCUGUUGCUCAACCCCUACUCACCAUUCCCCCCAUCUCUGUUGCUCAACCCCUACUCACCAUUCCCCCCAUCUCUGUUGCUCAACCCCUACUCACCAUUCCCCCCAUCUCUGUUGCUCAACCCCUACUCACCAUUCCCCCCAUCUCUGUUGCUCAACCCCUACUCACCAUUCCCCCCAUCUCUGUUGCUCAACCCCUACUCACCAUUCCCCCCAUCUCUGUUGCUCAACCCCUACUCACCAUUCCCCCCAUCUCUGCUGCGCGUCUAG